GAGGAAGUUUCUGGUCGUGUUUCAACCGAACAAAAUUACCAAACGGACCGUAGCUCACGUUGAGGGUCAAAUGUUUUGAGGAUGUGCAAGUAGUGUCGUCAAAAUGUCAAGUUUCUCCAGAUCUGCUCAGCAAUGGGCGACCUUCGCUCGUUCCUGGUUCAUAAUAGAUGCCAGGAUGCAGCCGCCUGGAAAGAUCGCGACUAUGUGCUCUGUUAGAUUACAGGGGAAGCACAAGCCUAUCUAUCAUGCACUGAGUGACUGCGGGGACCAUGUGGUAGUAAUAAACACCAAACACAUAGCUUUCUCUGGAAACAAAUGGGAGCAGAAGGUCUACUCAUCACACACGGGGUAUCCAGGUGGAUUCAAACAAGUCACAGCAGCUCAGCUCCACCAAAAGGACCCAAAAGCUAUUGUGAAAUUGGCGGUUUACGGCAUGCUGCCUAAGAAUCUGCACAGACGCACCAUGAUGCAGCGAUUACACAUAUUUCCUGAAGAUGAGCUGCCAGAUGACAUCCGAGCCAACCUGACAGAGGAGCUGCCUCAGCCCAGAGAAAUCCCCAAGAAACUCAGCGAAUACACCCAGGAGGAGAUAGACGCCUUCCCCAGGCUGUGGACGCCACCUGAAGACUACAGGAUGAAAUGAAACCAGGGCGACCCAGCGUGACCAAAGUAGAAAGGUUUUUGUAUAUUAACACAACACUGAAGCUACAAUAUCCUCUGUUAUAGGGGUCAACUGAUUAUUAGUAGUCAAAGAGAUUGAUGAGACAUUUGGAACAGAUAUACUGUUGAUCUAACAAAACUUCUUUGAAAUGCAGUUAUGUUUUACAUCGGUUUAAUUAAAACAACUUUACUGACAGUUAUCCAUCAUUAAAGCCAAUGAAGGAGUUUUUAAAUUAGUAUGUCUGAUCUGGAAUCACUUAUAAAGAAAGGAUACUGUUGAUCAGAAAAACGCUGAAUAUCAGAGGCUAGUAGUCAAUCAACCCCUAGUUGUAAUCAUGUGACUUGUAAGCAGAAUUUAAUACACAAAACUGAUUUUCUCUGCUCAAGUGAAACAAAUCAGACUUCCUGCUUUUGUGUAAAUUCAGCCGACAGUUUCUCACCAAAACACGGAGUGACAACACAAUCUCCAUCCUCCUCUUUCUGUCGGUCGUAUUCGACCACAGCAACCUUAAAUUACCCAAGAACAGCUUGAGAUUUCACCACGUGGCUUCUGCUCUGAUCGGAGAAAAAUCAGAUUCUGUGGCUUUCUUCUCAGAUUAUACAUCCAUGAAAUGAUCAGAUUUGGCUCAUAAAAAUGACAUCUGCUGGAGCCGAUCCUCCCUUUGAAGGGUUGCGGGUUCACAGUGAAAACAAUUAAUGUGUUACUAUGACAACAAUUUGGGCCAGCAGUCUGCUUUGUCUAGAAGACGUUAACUUUGGUCAGGACUUUCCUUCUUGUCAUUGUGUUUCCAUGUUGAUGAAUAAAUCAGUUGAAUGUGUUGUGAAGUAGGCUAAUAAACAAUUUAACAAA